AUGGAGAUAAGAGGAGGGGCCUGUAAUUUUGUAGCAAACAAGUUAGUUCUGAAAUCAAUCUGUGCGGUGUUAUAUAAGCUCCGUUUUCUGGAAAUGUGGAGGAUACCAAUGACUGAUUAUAUGAAUGUGUCAGCGAACAAUGUGCGAUCAAUAGGAAGAGCCUUUUACCUUCAUGGGCAGGAAGGCAAUAUAGGCGUCUGGCAUAUGCUUCCAAAGUCCAUGUCGGCUGAUUAUCGCGAAAAGGGCAUUCAUCCAGAUGACGAGGAGAUGGAAAGAUCGUUAUCAUUGACGCAGUAUCCUAUUGUAUUGUACCUUCAUGGUAACUCCUUUGACAGAACGAUUGCACAUCGUGUUGAGUUGUACAAUUUGUUGAAUAAACUGGAUUAUCAUGUGGUUACAUUCGAUUAUCGAGGCUACGNGAUUGCACAUCGUGUUGAGUUGUACAAUUUGUUGAAUAAACUGGAUUAUCAUGUGGUUACAUUCGAUUAUCGAGGCUACGGAGACUCUGAAGGAAAUCCCAGCGAACCCGGUUUGGUCAACGAUAGUCGUCUUGUUUACGAUUAUGUUAAAAGUCAUGCUAAGGACAACGCAAUCGUCGUGUGGGGUCAUUCAAUGGGAUCUGGAGUUUCAACAAAAUUAGUGAUGGAUCUUUCAGUGGAAGGUAUUCCUCCACAUGGCCUUGUUCUCGAAUCUCCUUUCAAUAACCUCAGAGACGUAAUUAUGAACCACCUAUUGAGCAUACCCAUACGAUGGAUGCCAGAAAGUAUGGUUCAGAGAAUUCUCAUACAGCCAUUACGAGAAGUCAAUUUGAAAAUGGAGACAGACAAGCGUAUAAAAGCCAUCACUUGUCCAAUUCUGAUAUUGCACGCCGAAAAUGAUCAUGUUAUACCAGUCUUCCUUGCCCGAAAACUCAGGGAUGCGGCUUUGGCUGCUUCUCGGGACGUCAAGUACGUUGAAUUCGACGAAGAUCGGAAUUACCAACACAAAUUUAUCUAUAUGGCUCCUGAAUUAUCAACGUUACUUCCCACGUUUAUCGAGCAUUCGAAAGAGAUUGCCAGUCAACGUGGCUCUUUGCGAUCUAAUUAA